CUGGUCUGAGUGGCGAGCGGGAGAGCUAUACGGCCCGUAGCGAGUGUGAGCGCACAACGAACGGGAGAGUGCACGGGAGAGCGCUCGAUAAGUGACGAGAGAGGUGACGAACGGGAGAGCGUUGAGCCGCUUCACCGAGUGCAGCUGGAGUUCCAGUAUAUCAUUCGAGGGCGCAAUUGCCGGUACUACAUGGACCAGGGCGUGGUGGGCAGCUCUGGCGGUCGUCUCGGCGGCCUGCGCGUCUGGACAGAGCGCGACUCGCCCCAGCGGGAGCGUCAACUCAUCUGGCGACUGGUGAACGCACAGGGCGCCGGCUGGCGGCUGGCCCGGGCACCUAUACAAAACGCAGACGGAGUACAGCUGGAGUUGGAGGGCUCGUGGGCCGCUGGCGCCGGUCGGCACGGCGUCAUCGCCGUAGACGACAUCGUGCUGCUGGAUGGGGACUGCACGCCGGCGCCGCCGCAGAGCCGGCCCGCCGCCGGCGACUGCGACUUCACCCACGACGCGUGCGGCUGGAGCAACUCAACGACGGACGAGCGGCGGCAGCAGCGGUGGCGGCUGGCCGCGCCGCUGGCCGCGCAGGCGCCGCGCAUCCUCCUCACCGACCACACGUUCAGGGACGCCGGCGGCUACAUCUACUUCGACCUGUUCAGCCCGCAGGACCGGCGCGAGCAGCUGCGCAUGGUGUCGCCGCUGCUGGAGCCCGCUGCCACCAGCGGCGGCGGCGGCGGCGCGUGCGUGGCUUUCUGGCUGGCGCACCUGUCUCCCUCUGAGCCGACCCAGCUGCGCGUGCUGCUCGAGGUGGUCACCUCCGGUGUCGGGGAUGAGGCUCAGUUCGGCGAGCCGACCGUGCUGUGGUCGGUGCGUGCCUCGGAGACCGGCGCCCGCCGGCUCACCUGGCUCUACGGCCAGGCCGGCUUCAGGGCGACGCAGAGCUACCGCGUCACGUUCGAAGGCGACGCCAGCAAGUACGGCUUCGCGCUGGACGACAUCACGUUUACCUCCGGCGACUGCGAAGUUCGACCGAGCAAUGCCGCCCCAAAUGAAGGGGCACGGGAACAGCGCUCGCUCAUCCGCUGACGUUGCCCCUUCGAGACAGUUCUUCUGAGCACUCGGGGCAAAACGUACCGUCACGGGCGGCGUGGCAUCGUGAUACCGCCGCAGAACGCAAGGACAGCAGCGCGACACGGGCAAAAUGUACCGAGACCGGCAGCCGCGGCGCGAGGCCGGUGUGAGCGCUAUACAUACACGCUACAGUU